CGAGCCGUGCAUGCAGGCGGACUCACAGUCUUUCUCUCUGCCUGGUAAAGUGCUUGAUUCCUCGCUGUGAGUUAUGAGUGUCGCGGUGGUGGAUGGCUGCUUUCUGUCCGCCCUACAGCCCAACUCUUCCUGCACUGCUUAUUUGAUCCCCUCGGAUGACCUGUCUCCAGACCCUGUGGCUAAGGCCAGGAGGGUCCGGGAGCAGGUUCGGAUGCGGUUGGCCGAGAAGAAAUCCUCCUCCUUAACCAGACUGGACGACUCACAGCUGGGAGCAACAGAGUACAGUUUCCCUGCAGGAAAGAGCUACACUCACAGCCAUGGCUUCAGUUCCAGAUCCAUGAUACACACACCCAGCCGCAUCAUAGCGGUACCCACAGUGCCCCUGCGCUCCUCUGGCUACUCCUCUCGCUCUGCUGUGGAAAACACUUCCAAGCUGAACCAUUCAGGAGCCAGCAUGGUCCAUAGCAGCUACCAGGCCACCCAAUCACAGAGCAGAAGCAGACGAUCGAAGUCGCUGUGCCAGGCAGACCAGGAGGCACUUCCUCUGACUGUGUUGGCUCCCCCAGAGAACACCUUCUACCCAGAGCCUUCCCCCGGUGCCCUAAGGCGCAGCCUCAGUGGAACACUGGCCCAGGGAAGAGGGUACUGGCAGGAAGAGGAGAUACCAAACCAGUAUACCUACAAAGGCCCCUCUCACCGUACCAUCAGCCGCAUCACCAACCGCCAGCAGCACUACCAGCAGCACAACUCUGGUUAUGGCCAGGACUGCAUGGUGGGGCCUGGCAGGGGGGUCCCCAUGGCAGGGGAUGGCUGGGGGACACAGUGGAAGCAGCAUGUGUCCAGGGCCAGCCAUGGUUUGGGGACAGGGCAGUACCAAGCCUCCCUGCACCGGGCAGCCUCACUGCGCAGUGUGAGGAGUGUUGGGAAAGGAGCGGAUGUUUUGGAUGGAGCAUCGAUACAUAGCAACGACCCACUGGGAGGGAUGCAUGGUCUGGAUAUGCCUACAGCUGUCAGGUAUCUGUCUGAGUCGGACACUGCCUUACAAGUUCUGGGAGCUGCAUAUAUACAACACCAGUGUUACCAUAGCAAUGAUGCUAAAAAACAGGUUCGGGUUCUACACGGUGUUCCAGCUCUGGUUGAGCUUUUCUCCAGUGACAACCAGGAAGUGCAACGCUUUGCCACUGGCGCCACGCGGAACCUCAUCUAUGAAAACGUUGACAACAAGGUGGCUCUCAUAGAAGCCGGUGGAGUGGCACGUCUCGUCAGCAUCCUGAGCGUACCCGACGAUGAGCUUCGAAAGAACAUCACUGGUGUACUGUGGAAUCUGUCCUCCAGAGACAACCUGAAGGAGAAGCUGUCCAAAGAAGCUUUAUCGGAUCUGACAGAGAAAGUACUGAUUCCUCUGAGCGGCAGCAUCCCACUCAGCCCGUCUGAGAGAGACAUCUUUAACAACACCACUGGCUGCCUCAGGAACUUGAGCUCAGUGAAUGAGAGGACGAGACAGAAGAUGAGAGAUAUGCGAGGCCUGGUGGACUCCUUGGUUUUAUACAUUCAACAAGAAGACAGGGCAGAUGACAAGGGUGUGGAGAACUCACUGUGUGUGUUGAGGAAUCUGUCCUACCAGUUGUACUCGGAGCUUCCUCCCUCAGUACGACACCGCCUGGAGGGCCCGACAAGAGACUCUGCAUCCAGGGACAGCGAGGCUAUCGGCUGCUUCACCUUGUAUAACAAAAAAAACAGCGAGCAGCGAAACCAGAAUCUGACCAUACUUUCUGAGGUGUCCCGUCAGCCUAAGGGGGCUGAGUGGCUCUGGCACCCUAAGAUAGUUACACUGUACAAGCUUGUUCUGCAAAACAGCGACAGCAGCUCCACCAGCCGCGAGGCCGCCAUAGGGGCCCUGCAAAAUAUUACUGCAGGAGAUGCCAGGUGGGCAUCAGUGCUGGGUGGUGUGAUUUUGGAGCAGGAGAGGAUGCUGCCCAUCCUGCUGGAACAGUUAGACAAUGAUAAUGAAACUGAGCUGAAACCUCUGACUGGACUGCUGAGAAACCUGGCCAAACAUUCCAACAACAAGGACCACAUAGCUAAGAACAUGGUGAACGUGCUGGUGGCCAAGCUGCCGAGUGAUGGCCAUCAGAAAACGCCAUCCAGUGAGGUGGUGGUCAACAUCUGUGGAGCCCUCAAUCACCUAGUCACCUGUAGUUCCCUGGCAGCUCGUGACAUUGCAUACUUCAACGGCCUGCCCAAACUGAUGGGCAUCAAAACGUCCCACGAUCAUAGCUCUGGGAGUCUAAAAGCUGCCAGAGCAGCAUCAACUGUCCUCAGCAACAUGUUCCAGUACAACAAACUGCACAGAGACUUCAAACAGAAAGGAUUCACCCGUCGAGAUUUCACAGAUAUCACCAUCUAAGCUGCAGGACAUUACAUGAUUAAUUCCAAGCGUUGGACCUCAAGGGUCAAUGUUGCUGUGAGGAAUAGAAGAGGAACAAAAGGAUAUAAUGUGCAGAUGAUCUUACUCUGAUGGACUUCUAGGAUGGAAUGGAGCAAGUGGAGCGAAAGGUCCUAUCUCUGGUGGUUUUGUGGUUAACCUGGCUUGACUUACAGCAAAUAGACUGUGGUGAAGUGAAUUCUCUGCUAAUGCCCAAAGACACACAGUGGACUUAACCCUCCAAAAAUUGUUACAUGCUCUGUGUGUAUAUUUAGAUUUUGACUGAUGUUUUUCUUCUUACACUGACCCUAUUUCCAUUUAUUUGGGACUUUUGCUGGUAGCUGAUAAAAUAAAUUAUGUUCUAAAUUUCAGUUAUAUUUUAAAGUGUUGGGUGCAGAAAGCGGUGAUUCUCCCCUGUUCACUUGGAUUUGCCAGCAAGCCUCACAGGGAGGGUGUGAUGUGUGCUGAAGUUGGUAGUACCCCUUCAUACUUACCAAUCAGGGAGAUGAUCCUUUACCGGCUUCCCACCCACAAACACCUCUGUGUUAGAUGGACACAGCCAUGUUAACUUCACCCUGUAUAUCAGCAAACUAAUACAUCAGCCUGACUAUAUUGUUUGUGUGCAAUUGUGGCUGUGAAUGUGGUGUAGUUUGUGUAGUCAUAACAUGUUAUUAGGUGCUUUCGGACCAAACGGGUCUGGAGGCUCCCAGAGAGGAACUAUUCACUAGGGAGCUCCCCCAAGAACUACAUACCUUAAAGGGCUUUUUUUCUGUUUGCAUUUGCACCGCCAAAGUAACGUAAGCUGGGUGGUUGAUGGAAUAGCAACGUCACUUCUUCACAUGAUACAACUAUAAGAAGAUCUUCACAUAUAGGCUCAAUAUAGCUUGGACUUCACUGUCGGUCGAUUUGUCCAUGUUUUGUUUCAUAUUUUAAGGCUAAUGUUAAGAGCUGUUGUUUACAUGGCUAAUGUUUUACACAGGUUUUUAAAAAUGGCGGUUGCUGAUGCUGCAGUGGCUCAUGUGUUCGACCAAUGAAUGUACAUUUAUGUCACUCGAGGUUCCUCUUGAAGUAGGGGCUUAUAAAGUCCCUCAAAACAGCGUUCUAAGAACUACAAUUGCUCCCAGUUGCUGCAGUGCGGACACAAUAAAAAGGGGAUAGUUCCUCCAACAGUUCUUAGAACUAUAAAAAGUUCCUGCGGUCCGAAAGCACCUAGUCUUGUCUUUGUACAGAAAGCUUUCAAAUCAAGCCAAGGUCGGAGAUGGGGUGAAAAAGACUUAUUAUGAUUAGAACAAGCCUGCAGUUAUACAAAUAGGAAUAGAGCCAGAAGAUCAUGAGACUGUCCAACUUGGACCAUAGGUCACUUGAAAAAAUGUAGGUUUACUUAACUAUCAUGAUACCAUCUCUGGCUUCAUUUCAUUUUGCUUUGUAGCAAGAAAGUGUGAUGUUGUGUUCAUGUCACGUUAGAUUUACUAUAAAUACAAGUCGUCAUUAACAUCAGCCUUAUAGUUUUAAGUAAGUGUUUAGUCAGGGAAGACACAAGUGAUGCAGCAUACAGAUUAUAACAGUUUAUGAAAACAGUUUUUCAUUCUAUAAAGGAUAUUUGGUGUUGAUGAAAUCUACUUGAGGAACUGUAGACAGGUUCUUGACAGCAGAACAGCAAAGAUGUAGUUCAAAUUUGCCUCAGCAAGCAUGUUCAUGUCCUGUACACAUAAUCCAGUUCAUUUACUGGAUGGUGUUUGUGAGGCAGAGACCUGGAGUUUUAAAAUACAUUUUGAAGAAAAAAACACAAAAAGCUUCAAUAGGAUGAAAGAAUUUUUUUGUGUUUUAUGUUGUCUGACAUUUCUUGUCCAUAUGAAUACCAAACAUGGCGGAAUGACGUAAAGGGAUGGAUAUUAAUAGUCUAUGGUAAUAAAAGUAAAAAUUGACUUACUUGCUUAUUAAUAAAAUCAAAACUAUUGACACAGUUUGUCUGCAUAGUGGAGUUUGUUGACUUUGUGAUACUCCAAUUUGGAGUUUAGAAUGGCAUGGUGUUGCAGGGAGGGGGAUGGUUUUCUAAAUCUGAAUGAUUUGUUCACGACUGUAACUUCAUUUAUAUGCAAUGCAUCUAUCUGACUGAGCUAUCCACACACACUGAUUGACUUUGGAAUCACAAAAAUGUUUAGCAAAUAAAUAAUUGUAUGGUAAUUUCAGUAAGAUUAUAAAACAUACUCACUAUACUGUAUAUACUCGUAUUUUCAACAUGACAAACAAAUUCAAAGGACAUUACAACCAAACCUGUGGUGUAGUGUGUGUAGUUAGCUGUCCAACAAGACUAGAAGUCUACAGCUAAAGCUACAACUAGCAGCUCUGUGAGACUGUACACAGCUGUGCAUUACGUUACAUGUUGACAUCAGUGUGCUAACAUGCUCACAAUAACAAUGCUAACAUGCUGAUAUUUAGCAGGUAUAGGCUACUGUUAACCAUGUUCACCAGGUUAGUUCAGCAUGUAAGCAUGGCCAUACUGAGUUCAAUUCAAUUUUAUUUUUAUAGCGCCAAAUCACAACGAAAGUUAUCUUAAGGCACUUUUUACACAGACUGUACUCUUUAAUUUAAUUUAAAGACACCCAACAUUCUCCACAUAUGCUAAUUAGCACAGAACACAAAGUACGACCGACAAGAACAUAGCAAAAAGUUUGUCCGAUAGUUGUGGAGACAUUUCACAUAAACACAAAAAUGUGGACCUCAUGGUGGGUAUCAGGUAUCAUCAAAGUCACCUAGAUUUCAUCCUUUAAAUACAAAAUGUUUGGUUUCGAGAGUAUUGUCUGUCUGUUAUGAAAGUUUAAAAAAAGCCACCAUUGCAGACAAAGGAAGCAGACUUCACCAAACAUCAGAUGAGUUACGCAUGUGAUCUCAGGGGAGAGCUGUGGAGGAACACCAGCAGCACUAAAUGCAGAGUUGAAAUAAAUUAGAAACAGGGAGCUCAGGGUGCAGCACCAUAAUGAAGCUUAGCACAAACCAUAAUAUAACAGUGCCACAAAUGAACCAAAACACAGCAAUUAGCCUGUCUUCACGUGCACACAGUGAGGAAAAUCACGGCCUUGAAAAAUAAACAGUAUGCGCUGUGUAGUCGAAUAUGAUCAAUGAUGUCAGCAUAUAGUGUGUCAUUAAAGAAAAAAAUCUACUUUUGAUUCUCUUACACAGUUCUUUAUAAUCACUGAAAUCUUGCACAAUGUAAGUGAAAGGCAAAGAAAACAAACCUCUCAAGUCUCAAGUGGAGUGACAGAUGUGAAGGUUUUCUCUAAAAAGGCAUGUGGGAGAAAGUGCUGUAACUUUCAAUCCAGGUCUGGAGGAUGAUGCAGACCAGCAGGAACCUCGCAGCACUUAUCUAGAAGUGGGAGGAAGGGAGGGGUCAGGUCUUAUUGGGGAAUGACAGGUCGUCUACAGUGGGAAAAACUGGAGAGAGGAGUUUCAGCAUGAGCACAACAGAGCUUUAAAGGCUUUUAAAUGUGUCAUGUGGUAUGCUGAUGAUUAAUGAACAUUCAUUGGAAAAAAAAUGUUGAAGUUCAUAUCAGUUUAAAAAAGCAAUAAUCCCAGAGAACUCAAAUUAAAACAGGAUCUGACUCAAAGCUCCACUCUUUUUAACAAUCAAUCAAAUGACUAGAUGUGUAAUGUUAAAGUUUUUGCGAAUAAUGAGGCUACUGACUGCUGACUCUGAUCAUCCUCUCAACUAUACAGAGACUUUUAAAUGUUUUUCAGUCCACUGUUUUAGUUUUUCGGCCUGCUUCUUUACUGUUUUGGUUCAGUCUUACAGCUCUCAUCAACCUUGUUUCCAGGCAGGAAGGAAGCUGACUUCAGCAAAACAACCCCAAUAAACCAACUGUACACUACUAGCCCAGCACCAAACAGCAGACAGACAGAGUCAGGGACUAAAUGGUGAACAUAGUGGAACAUUUAGCUGCUUAAGAGUCAGAUAUUUCCCUCAGGAGUUGAAGCAGAGCUCAACAGAGCUAAAAGACAACUAAACCUUCAAUUUACAUCUGUCAGGUCGCCUGAAACAUAAAUUAAAUGAAUGUUAACUUUG